AUGCAGUGGCUCCAACUCAGCAGCCCAACCCGGCGUGCUGCUCAGGAGCCGGCGAGAGGUUCUUGGUUGGGCAGCCCCUGGUCAUUGGACUCGGACAGAUCUAGGCCAAACCGUAUCGUAAAGGAGCUUACAGACGAGGGUUGGAACCAUAACACCGUCAUUCAUAAGCUUUCUGAUAACGAUACGCGAACUCGUCGAUACCAUAAACCGAACCGCGUUUACGACCCUAGCGAAACCGCUCGUGAGGGUAUCUCAAACCAGCUCUCGGCCACUCUCAAGUCGGACUUCUUGAUCUCGGCCGGCUUUCAAUUCCAAUAUGGAAGCUCGUACAACGAAUUCAGCCGUUUAAACGACGACGGCGAGUGCGAUGCCAAGAAGGUGAAUGAGGAGCGGGAUAUCAGGCGAGAUCUAAGGGUGAGGACUGCGCUUGAGCCAAUCUCCUACAUCAGGCAAACCAGUUUCUUCAGUUUCCUCCAGGACAACACGCUGGCCACAAGGGAGCACUCAUUGCGGCACUCAUCAGGAAAGAAGUAG